UAAAAACUUUUUUAUUUUAAAUCCCUUUCUUUUUUUUUUUCUUAUACAUAAAUUUUAAUAAAAUAUGGCUCGUACUAAGCAAACAGCUCGUAAAUCAACUGGUGGUAAGGCCCCUCGUAAGCAAUUAGCUACCAAGGCCGCUCGUAAGUCUGCCCCCUCUACUGGUGGUGUUAAGAAGCCUCACAGAUACAGACCCGGUACUGUCGCUCUUCGUGAAAUCCGUCGUUAUCAAAAGUCUACUGAACUCUUGAUUCGUAAGCUUCCUUUCCAACGUCUUGUUCGUGAAAUUGCUCAAGAUUUCAAGACUGAUUUGCGUUUCCAAUCUUCUGCCAUUGGUGCUCUUCAAGAAGCCUCUGAAGCUUAUUUGGUUUCUCUCUUUGAAGGUAAUUUUUUUUUAUUAUUAUCUUGUUUUAUAUAUGUAUAGACCAUUAUGUUCAAUUUCUAACGUUCAAAAAAAAAAUUUUUUUUUGUCUUUCUUUUAUCUAUAAAAUAGAUACCAACUUGGCCGCUAUUCAUGCUAAGCGUGUCACCAUUCAACCUAAAGAUAUUCAAUUGGCUCGUCGUCUUCGUGGUGAA